GAUUUCCUUCAAUUUCCUGUCUGGUGAGCCUUUCUUCAUUUGGAACGCUUUUGGACGCUGUUGUGCUAUUUUUCUUGAUUUGCUCGCCCUCGAGCCCCCCCCUUUCUAAAAUUUCCGCCAUGUCCGUCGCUAUGAGAUCGGCUCGGCUUGUACGCGGCAACUCCGUGAUCCGCCCUGGUUUAGUCGCCCGACCGCGCUUGGCGGGUGCACUUGGUGCGGCUUCGGCCGCGAACCUCCGGCUGAACGGGAGUGGCCUCCCCUCGCACGUCCAGGCCCUCGCUAUCCUGGUUUCGCCCCAGCGUGGAUAUGCCACGGAGCAAUCGACUUCGACGUCUUCUGCGUCCGACCGAUACCCCCCCCCGGGCUUCAACGCACAGCAGGCUCAGAAGCCGCUUUCCCCGGAAGCGUCGCAACAGAACCAACAGGUGGCCGGGAAGGCUGAUCUGUCCGUUUCUUCCAAAGAUGCGCACAGCAAGGCGCACCCGGCCGAGUCGGGCGUCGUCAGAGUCGUUUCAGAGCAGGCAAACAAGAAGGUAGCGGAGGAGAAGAAGGAGCAGAAGAAAUUGACGAUGGGGCAAAAGAUCAAGAAGGAAGUCCAGCAUUACUGGGACGGGACUAAGCUGUUGGCCACUGAGGUCAGGAUCAGUUCGCGGUUGGCGUUGAAGAUGGCAGGAGGAUACGAGCUGAGCCGAAGGGAGCAGAGACAGCUCCAACGUACGACUAGAGAUCUCGGUCGAUUGGUCCCCUUUUCCAUGUUCCUCAUCAUUCCCUUUGCGGAGCUGCUGCUUCCCAUUGCCUUGAAGAUCUUCCCCAACCUCCUGCCCAGCACAUACGAGGGCCAGAAAGCCCGUGAAAAGAAGGCCCUGAGCCUGAGCUCGACGCGCAAGGAGGUGUCUGGAUUCUUGAAAGAUACCCUGCGCGAGAGCGGUCUGCCGUUGACGGCCGCCACGGUGAAGAACGAAGAGUUCGCCGAGUUCUUCAAGAAGAUCCGCACCACCGGCGAGGCGCCCUCGACCGACGACGUGAUCAAGGUCUGCAAGGUCUUCAAGGAUGAUCUGACCCUGGACAACCUGUCCCGGCCGCAGCUGGUCGCCAUCUGCAAGUACAUGAACCUGAACUCGUUCGGCACGGACGCCAUGCUCCGGUACAACAUCCGCCACCGGAUGCGCCAGAUCAAGCGCGACGACCGCGCCAUCUUCUACGAGGGCGUGGAGUCGCUCUCGGUGCCCGAGCUGCAGAUGGCCUCCGCGUCGCGUGGUAUCCGCACGCACGGAGUGUCGCCCGCUCGCCUGCGCGAGGACCUCACGAUGUGGCUUGACCUGCGUCUGAAGCAGGGCGUGCCGUCGACGCUCCUGGUGCUGAGCAACGCCUACGUCUACGCGCAGGGCGGCAAGGAGGCGGAGAUGUCCUCCCAGAUCGAGUCCCUGCAGGCGGUGCUGUCGAGUAUCCCCGAGGAGCUGUUCCACGAGAUCGAGCUCGAGGUGCACAACGCCGAGGGAGCCGCCACGAACAAGCAGCGUCUGGAGGUCAUCAAGGAGCAGCAGGAGCUGAUCGAGGAGGAGAACGAGCAGAACAGCGAGAACGAGGAGAAGGGCAUGGCGGCGCCCAAGGAUACGGAGGAUAUCGACGAGAAGGACGAGCACGAGGCCAAGUUCAGCCAGUCGGACGAGGCGAGCGAGGCUCUCAAGGAGGGCGAGAAGGUCGAGGAGCAGCCUGUCGAUUCUGUCCCCAAGAACAAGAAGGACAACUAGACCUCGCUCACCCUUUCUCUCUCUCCCUCUCCCCCUUCCUUUGAAAUCCCGCGCUCCCUCCGUCCGUCAUGCAUAUAGCCUGGCAUGAUUGGUUCCCUCUCACUCCUAUCUUCUUCUCGUGUGUCAUUCUUACCCGAUAGACUUUUUCUUCCGUUAAUGGAGUGGGGCUGGCUGGUUAUCAUUCCUAGUGUAUUGUAUUUUUUUUUUGUGAUUUACUGAUCUAUAGAUGGGAAUACCUGAAACAAUACUGAAUUUGAAUUAUC